AUGGGGAUAAUAUGUAAAUAAUCAAAAAUAUAAGAAAUAUAAGCGAAGUAAGAUUUUACAUUCACCUCAAGAGCAGGUAAGAUAAUUAAAAUAAUGUAGAAAUUGAAAAAAAAAAGGAGAAGAAGAAACAAGAAAAUGAGGACAAUUAAAAUAGCAUGGAAGAAGAGGAUGAUGGAAUAGAUGAAGAUGCUGAACCAAUAUUCUAAUAGAAAUUACAAAAUGAAAUAUUAAUAAAAGCUAAAAUUGCUUAGAGUAGUGCUGAUUCAAUUCUGACCAAUCAUGAUGUACCUUUAAUUGUGCCUAGGUAAUAAUUCAUUUAAUAUAUUUAUAGAGGUAAAUAUACAAUGGACUUCUUUAAAAAAGAUACAGCUUUAUUUUAAAAAGUUAAAAAAAAAAUGUAUAGAUUUCUAUAAAUAUUUGUUAGAAGAUCAAUUCAGAUGAUGACGAUGAUGAUUUUCAUGCUGGAGAAGAAGAUGAAAAUGAUAGUGAAAGCGAAGAUAGUGAUGAACCAGAGAGCGUUUCUAAAAUUAAAAGUGAUAAUCCAUUCAUCGGAUCAUAUUCUUUAUAUUCAAAUACAUAUUCAAGUUUACUAAAAAAUAAUCCAUAAUUUUAUAUUUUAUUAUUCUUUUUUCUAUUCAGAAAGUCAUUUUGUCUAUUGUUUGAUGGACGAUAAGUACUGCCAUUUUCUUCUUCAAAUAAAUUCUGA